CAGAUUCUUUGUAUUCGCACUGCGCAAUGUCGAUAACAAGCCAAUCACGUGAAAGGAAAUUGAUGCGAUAGAAGACUAAUUAAUAAGAGAUUAAAAGUGUGAUAAACUUACAUAAAAGUAGCUAAAAAAUAGUUUUUUUAUUUAUAAAUUAACUAAGUGAAUGUGCUCAUCUUUAGAUAAGUUUAAUACUGUCCCAGCAUACCCGGCAGACGAUUUCCGCCAUCUUGUUUAUUUUCAUGACAUGAGGUAGAACUUGCCGUCCGACGAACACAGGAUAAUUAAUUGUGUGAGCUUUCUAUCGGUGAGCAUUAAACUAAAUUUGCUGACUUCUUUUUGGUUUGUUAAUCCGGUGUUCGGGUGUUAAUGCCUUCCCCUUCCAGGGGGGUUGACACCAGCAGACAUUGGGCGAAUAGCGAGCAAGUAUUUUAAAGUGAGUGUGUCUGGAAAGAAUUUGACGACUGGUUCGGGAAAGGAGAGAACAGUAAUCCAUAUAAAAUCCAAGAAAAUUAAAGAAGGAUUCUAUUAUCCUGUUUCUAAUAUGAACCACUUAAACCAAGUUGUUUUUGAUAAACAUUGUCGCCUUUCUGAAUCGGAAGAAAUGGACACUCGUGAAGAUGACAAUGGGCAGGUUCAGCCUGGGGGUGGAUUUGAAGAGAGGUGUUUGAAUGGUGAUAUUCAGGAAGGUAAUUUAGGGAACCAAGAAGAAGCCAUGGAGGAAGAAGAUGAAGCUCGUUCUGAAGCAACAUUUAGAUUUGUUGUUCCCAAUUUCAGCAAGUUGCGGGAAACAGCUCUUAGCUCACCGACUUAUGUUAGAAAUUUGCCAUGGAAAAUCAUGGUUAUGCCUCGUACGAGUCAUGGACAAGAUAGAAAUACACCUACUAGAAGUUUAGGUUUCUUUUUACAAUGUAAUGGAGAAUCGGAAUCAUCAACUUGGUCUUGUAAUGCCAUAGCGGACUUAAAGAUUAUUUCCCAAAAAGAAGGAGUAGAAAAUUUUUCUAGAAAAAUUCAACACUUGUUUUAUAGUAAAGAAAAUGAUUGGGGAUUUAGCCAUUUUAUGUCAUGGAAUGAAGUUUUGGAUCCUGAAAAAGGUUACAUCAAAGAUGAUUCUAUCAUAUUAGAAGUUAGUGUUACUGCAGAUGCUCCUCAUGGUGUGAGCUGGGAUUCUAAGAAACACACAGGUUACGUCGGUUUAAAGAAUCAGGGUGCUACUUGUUAUAUGAACUCCUUAUUACAAACUUUGUUCUUCACAAAUAAACUAAGAAAAGCUGUUUAUCAGAUACCAACUGAAAGUGAUGAUUCAUCCCGGAGUGUAGCUUUGGCACUUCAACGAGUUUUCUACGAACUUCAGUUUUCAGACAAACCUGUUGGAACAAAAAAGUUAACAAAAUCUUUUGGCUGGGAAACCCUCGAUUCCUUCAUGCAACAUGAUGUACAAGAAUUGUGUCGAGUACUUUUAGAUAACAUGGAAAGCAAAAUGAAAGGUACUUGUGUAGAAGGAACGAUACCUCGUCUUUUCGAAGGGAAAAUGACGUCAUUUCUUCGAUGCAAGCAUGUUAAUUACACUUCUAGCAGAAAAGAGCCCUUCUAUGAUAUUCAGUUGAAUGUCAAGGGGAAAAAAAGUAUUAUCGAAUCUUUCAAAGACUAUUGUGCUACUGAGACAUUAGACGGAGAAAAUAAAUAUGAUGCUGGCGAGUAUGGAUUACAAGAAGCAGAAAAGGGCAUUUUCUCUUCUCUGCCACCUGUUCUGCAUCUCCAUCUUCUUCGUUUCCAGUAUGAUCCUUUAACAGAUCAAAAUAUCAAAAUUAAUGACAGGUUUGAAUUUCCAGAACAGCUUAACUUAGAGGAGUUUCUAAAAGAUGAAGAAGAUUCUGCUCCACCUGUAUAUACUUUACAUGCAGUUCUAGUUCAUAGUGGAGAUAAUCAUGGAGGCCAUUAUGUAGUUUUCAUAAAUCCAAAAGGAGAUGGGAAGUGGUGUAAGUUUGAUGAUGAUGUAGUAUCUCGCUGCUCAAAACAAGAAGCUGUUGAUCAUAAUUUUGGUGGUCACGAAGAUGAUAUCACUGUAAAACAUUGUACAAAUGCUUAUAUGCUUGUUUACAUAAAAGAUAGUGCAAUAGCUGAUGUUUUGCAACCUGUAACCGAGCAAGAUAUUCCAGAUCAGUUAGUAGAGAGACUUCUGGAAGAAAGGCGGCAAGAAACUUUACGAAGGAAAGAACGUAAUGAGGCUCAUUUAUAUAUGAAUGUUCAGAUUGUUACAUCCGAUAAUUUUUGUGGUCAUCAAGGAACAGAUCUGUAUGAUCCAGACAAAGUUAGCUACAGGUCUUUUAAAGUAAAAAAGAUGACAUCGUUGCGCGAGUUCAUAACACUUAUCUCUGAGCAAAUGAAAUAUCCUGUCAAUAUGAUCCGACCUUGGCCCCUGAUAUAUCGAACGAACCAGACUUGUCGACCAGUAGCUGUAGAUUUAGAAUUAGACUGCACCAAACACCUAAUUGAUAUUGCUGAUAAUGCUAGUCCAUGGACAGUGUUUUUGGAAACUGUUGAACCAGAUUCUGGAAUGCAUUGUCUGCCAGAGUUUGAUAAAGAAACUGAUGUCCUACUCUUUUUCAAACUAUAUGAUCCAAAGAAUAAACGGAUAUCAUAUUGUGGCCACACAUAUAUGUCAAUUAAUGCAAAAGCAA